AAAUCAUUGUUUCGUCAUGGUGGUGGGAAGCUUAAAAGAUUCCCGCACUGACGUGCAAUCAUUAAACCAAAUGUCAACUGAAGCAGACCUCCUCUUUUAUCUUCAACAUUGGUUGAUAUUGAAGAAUUUAUGCUGUAGAAAAAGGGAAAGGCUUUGAAUCUUACUGGCAGCAAAUUGGUAAAAUCAGACGCUUUGCAACUUUUGUCAGAGUAUUUGCUCAGUUAUGGAUCUUGUAGGACCAAUUUUUGAUGUGCUAAAUUGCCUAAGAGAUCCAGCAUGUACAUACAUAGAUCAACAUAGAAAUCUUGAGGAAAGGAUGAAUGAUCUUCGAGCAAGAGUAGACCAACUAAAUGCUACCAAGAGAGAUGUGGGAUUGAGAAUAAAAGAAGAACUUCGAUGGGGAAGACUUUUAAGGGAAGAAGUAGAGAAGUGGAUUCUUGAUGUGCAAACCAUAAAUGAUACAAUGCGGGACAUUAAUGAAAGAAUGCAAAAUGUGUCUUGUUUUUCACGUGCAAGCCUUGGAAAACGAGUUUCCCAAACAGUUGAAGAAGUGGAUAAAAUUAUUGAGCGAGGCAAGUUCACUGAAGCUCUAGUAAUUAAUGAUCCAUCUACUGUUGGAGUGGCUUUUCAAUUGGAACAUUUAGAAGGUGAAACCAUGGUGAAAUCAGACAUUUGGAACUAUUUGAUGAGUGAUGAAAUUGGAAUGAUUGGAGUUUGUGGAAUGGGCGGCAUCGGGAAAACCACUAUCAUGAAGCAUAUAUACAAUCAACUAUCGAAGGAGAUUAAACCUUUGUUUGAUGUGAUCAUUUGGGUCACUGUUUCCAAGGAACUCAACGUCACCAAACUGCAACAAGACAUAGCAAAUGGUAUGAAUAUUGGAGCUCUUCCAGAAGUUGAACCAAAGCGUGUAUCAGUGUUAAUGGAGGAAUUGAGACGAAGAAAAUAUGUAUUGAUCUUAGACGAUGUUUGGGAAAAGUUCUCUCUGGCGGAAGUAGGGAUCCCUAAGCCGACAUCUAGCAAUGGGAGUAAGUUGGUAUUAACUAGUAGAUCGAUUGAUGUUUGUAGAUCUAUGGACUGUAAGAUAGUCAAAGUGCAUCCACUUUGUAAUGAGGAGUCCAUGAAUUUAUUCUUGGUUCAUACCGGGCAUGGGGUUCUAAAGGUUCCAUCUUUGGAACAAAUUUUGGGCGAUAUUGUUCGAGAGUGUAAUGGGUUACCCCUUGCCAUAGCCGUAACAGCCGGGAGCAUGAAGGGAAUAUAUGAUAUUGCUGAAUGGAGGAAUGCAGUAAGGGAGUUACGUGACCAUGUAAGAAGUGUGAAGGGUACAAAUGAUGAAAUAUAUAGGCGAUUAAAGUUUAGUUUUGAUCGUUUAGGAGAUUUCAACAUCCAAAAUUGUUUCCUUUAUUGCUCAUUAUAUCCAGAAGACUAUAUAAUUCCAAGGAUGGAAUUAAUAGAAUACUGGAUAGAUGAGGGAUUUCUUGAAAUCGGGAGUCGAAAACAAUCAUAUGAUAGGGGUGAUACUAUAUUAAAUAGGUUGGUAAACAAUUGUUUGUUGGAAAAAACUAUAGGAGGUGUGAAGAUGCAUGAUGUAAUGAGAGACACAGCAUUGUAUAUCACUCGUUUUAUGGUAAAAGCUGGCAUCAGAUUGAAAGAAUUACCAAGUACGCAAGAGUGGAAAGAAGAUUUUGAAAGGGUUUCAUUCAUGAUGAAUAAGGUAUCAGACAUUCCUCCAAGCUUGUCACCCAAUUGUGAAAAUCUUUUGACAUUAUUACUGCAGAACAAUAAGUCCUUGGGAAGGAUUUCAGAAUCAUUCUUUCAGAACAUGCAUAGUCUCAGCAUUCUUGACCUUUCUUAUACCAAUAUCCAACAAUUACCAAAUUCAGUGUCAAAUUUGGAAAAGCUUAAUGCAUUGGUGCUUCAUGGAUGUGAAAUGUUGAGAUAUUUGCCUUCAUUAGAAAAGCUUAAGGCUUUGAGAAAGCUGGACCUCCGUGAUACAAGUAUUGAAAAGGUGCCUGAAGGUUUGGAAAUGUUAGUAAAUCUAACAUAUCUUGAUUUAGCUACCAAAAGCUUAAAGGAUUUGCCAAUCGCAAUCCUUCCUCGGCUUUCCUAUCUGCAAUGUUUGAUUUUGUACGUUGAAUCGUAUACUGUAAAAAUGGAUGGAUUGGAAGCAGCAGGUUUAAGGAAACUAGAGAUAUUUGAAGGGCGGUUCAGUGAGUUGCUAGACUUUAAUACAUAUUGCAAAUCUAUAAAAGGUCAAAGACUCGCUUCUUACUUGCUUGUUAUGGCCCCAGCCGAAGCUAAGUUUGAUGUCAACGAGAGACGCCAACUAUUAGAGUAUGAUGGUUGUAGGGUCGAAGCCCCAGAAGUAAUGAAAGUGGUUGUGGCAGACAAAGGUACGAUCAAAUCAAAUCCAUAUUACUCAUUUGUGUUGAAAGGGGUUGGUGUGUGGGAAACUGUCGAAUUUAAGUUGCGACAACAUGGCUAUUAUGGGGUCAUUUCUAAGGCUGAAAGUUCACAGUUUCCAGUUUUUUUACCCAAGAAGGAAGUAAUUUUAAGUGGAUGCCAUAUCCAAAAGGAAGAUCCAAUGGUGCUCCCAACUGAUCUUAGGGUUCUGAGAAUUUCUAAAUGCCACAAUGUGAGAAGCUUAAACGAUAUCUCAUUGUUCUUCCUGCAAACAAAUGAGUUGAGGUUGUGUUCAGUUGAAGAUUGUAAAGGGAUGGAAUCCGUGCUGGACUUGUCAUCAUCUUCCUCGCCAUGCAGCUCAUUUGAGAAGCUUGAGUACUUGUGGCUUAAAAGGUUGGAUAACUUGCGUGUGCUUGUUAAAAUAGAAGCAUCAGUUUCUAUUCCCAAGUCACAGCCUCUGCCAGGCAUAUUUUCCCCUCUUAAAUCAAUUCUGAUCAAAGGAUGCUCAAACAUAAAGCAGUUGUUCCCAUUCGAGUUAGCCCAUGACCUCCAAAACCUAGAGAAACUGGUGGUUUGUGAGUGUUGGCAAAUGGAAGAAAUAAUAGGACCUAAGAAAGAGGAAGAAAGGUCUGAAGGAAAAGGAACAAAAGCUCGCACGGAAUUCAGUCUUCCCAAACUAAAGAAGUUAGUAUUGAAGAACUUACCAAUGCUGAAGAGCUUAUGCAGUUCAAGUGGGACAAUGAUAUGCAAGUCUCCUAUGGAAAUUCAGGUACUGGAAUGUAGGAAUCUGAAAAGGAUGCCUCUCUAUCCUUCUCCUUUCCAUGACACAGACCAAUCAACUACUUUCUUUAUCGGAGUAAUAUACAUAUAUCCGAAGGAAUGGUGGGAAUCAGUAGAGUGGGACCAUCCCAAUGCUAAGCAGGAUCUGCUACCUUACUUGGUAAUGCUAUAG